AUGAAGACUGUCUCCAUUCUCGCCGCCUCCGCUUUCCUGGCCAGUGGAGCUGCUGCUGCCACCGCUUACGGCGAGCGCAAGUUGAUUGUCGGUGGAGAGGCCGUCCCCACCAACUCCAAGUUGUACACCGUCGGCAUUCGAGAGGACCCCUUCGACCCGAAUUUCUGCGCGGGAGCUCUCAUCUCGCUAACCCACGUGCUGACCUCCCCCAACUGUGUCAAUGGCACCUCCCCCAGUCUUUGGGUCUCGGUGGGAUCCAACUACAUCAUCGGCGUGGAUGGCGAGAUGAACAAGGUCGUGUCAGCCAAGACCCACCCCAAGUUCGACAACGACUACGUCUCGUACGCGUUCGCCGUACUCGAACUGGAGCUCCCUGUCAACAAAGUUAAGCCUGUGCAGCUCGCCGAUGCCGACGACCCCCAUGUUGAGGUGGGCACGGUGGUCACGUCUGUGGGUUUGGGCUUCACGUCGGUCUCCUCGGAUGGAUCGGUGCAAUCCGAACUGCAGCGCAUGGACGUCAGGCUUUGGGGUGAAGAGGAGUGUUCAUCUCGGUCGGAGGCCACGCUGUGCGGUAGUGCUGGUGAAGGUAAGGGCGUUUGCCUUGGUGACUCUGGGAACCCUCUCAUCGUUGAGUCGGAAACUGGAAAGGAUUCGGACGACGUUCUGCUAGGCGUGCUGGUCGGAUCCGAGUUUGCAGCAGAGACGCUGGAGAUGGCCAAAGCGGCGACGAUGAGCACCUGA